CCGAGGCGUACAGGAAAAGAAAGAAUUAGAAAGUUUGGAUGAGUGUCAAAGUGCCAAUAACUAAUACUGCUAGAAAAAACUUCAGUUUAGAUUUGAAGGUUUCCAGUGAUGGUAUAAUUCUUAUUAAAAUUCAAUGGCAAAUUAUUCCAUAGAGAAGGUGCUGACGCAGAAAAAGCUCACGCACCAUAUGCUUCAUGUGUCUUGGGAGUCUUAAGAAGUUGUUGGUGUGAUGAUCUUAGGCUACGAGCUGGUGUAUAACGCAUGACAAGGUCUUGUAGAUAUUGAGGUCCAAAUCAUUUAACACUUUCCAAGUGAGUAGAAUUAUUUUAAAUUCUAUACCCUUCUGGAUUGGCAACCAAUGUAACUUUUGGAGAAUUGGUGAAAUGUGUUGAUAUUUUGACGUACCAGCUAAAACCCUGGCAGCGGUGCUCUGAACAUACUGAAGUUUAUUGACAUUGCGUGAGGUUAUAUUAAAAAGAAGAGUGUAUAAAUGAGUGUAAUAAAUUGAUUUUGUUCUGCAUUUCUUUUUGGUAAGAUAGUGGUUGACAAAUGAGUGUAUAGGCAUAGCAGCAGACUUAUGGUCAAGGACUUUCCUAAUGCUGUUAACAUUAUGAAUAUUAUAGUAUACCGAUUGACAUAUUUUCUUUAUAUGUGCAUCCAUGGACAUAUUUUCGUCAAAUACGACACUGAGAUAUCGAACUGAUGACACAGCUUUAAUCAAGGAGUCCCAAACCAGUAUAAUGUGGUCCUUAAUCAAAUCACUUUGUGAUUUAGAACUAAUAAUCAACAAAAAAAUGUUUUAAGUGAUUAAAUCACUUCUGAUAUGGAAUACAAAGGGAAGAAUAUGGUUUCAGUGAAUGAGAUGUCAAUUGUAUCUUUCCAAAGCAAAGCUAAAAAAAGAUAGCUUCAAACAAACAAUAAAUGUAUUUUUUUUUCAUAAAAAAAGCUAUAAUUGUUUUAUCUGUUAUGCACAUUUUCUACCAGUUUGUGUUAUUUUCAAUAAUAAUCUUAACUGUAUUUAUUCUGUUCGUAGAAGGAGGGCGGGGGCAACCCCACAGGCCUCCAUUUUUAACACCUGUACUUGGUGUGGAACCAGAUGCCAGGGAUCAAUAAUCUGUGUUUUGUUAUUUAUUUGAAAAUAUACAUUCUCACUUUGGAAAUAUAUUCUCUCAGAUCACAGGUUACAACCAUCUAGGUGUGUUUUCAAGAUGUUUUCAAGAAUGUUUUUCCCAUUGUUGUUGGUCGGGCUACUGGCUGCAUCAACAGAAGUAAACUUAUCGGCAGCUCAAGAGCCAGAAUGUGCCGAGGGCAUGGUUCUUGAUACUUGUAGUGCACCUUGUCCUGAGCCAUCAUGCAGUAACCCACAGCCAAUAGCUUGUGGAGCACCUUGUCAGAACAUACCAAAAUGCAUCUGUGAUCGAAAAAAUGGAUAUAUCCGUGAUGAAAACGGUCUCUGUAUUCAAGAAAAGCAAUGUCCACCACAAUGUGCUGAAGGCAUGGUCCUUGAUGCUUGUGGUGCACCUUGCCCUGAGCCAUCAUGCAGCUACCCACAGCCAAUAUUUUGCAGAGCGGCUUGUCAGAACAUUCCAAAAUGCAUCUGUGAUCGAAACAAUGGAUAUGUCCGGGAUGAGAACGGUGACUGUAUUCAAGUAGAACAAUGUCCACCAAGUUGUGGCGAGAACGAGGUCUUCUCUAACUGUGAUUCCAUUUGUCGGAGAACCUGUGAAAAUAAAGAUUUAAACCUAGCCUGCAAAGCACCAUGCUUUCCUGGAUGUGUCUGUGACGAAGCCAGAGGGUUUAUCCGCGAUCGCAAUGAAAACGGCCAAUGUAUUCUAGAAUCACAAUGUCCACCUGGCUGUGGGGAGAACGAAUCCUUCAAAUCCUGUGGAUCAGCCUGUCCAAAAACUUGUGAGAAUAAAGAUGAGCAACAGUUCUGCAUUGCUCUUUGUGUUGAAGGAUGUUUCUGCGACGAUGGGUUCUUACGCGAUGAAAAUGGUCGAUGUAUCCUUGAAAGUGAAUGUCCAUCGACAACAGGUUGUGGAGCAAAUGAAGUCUUUGCCAGUUGCGGGACAGCCUGCCCUAAAACAUGUGACAACCGAAAUGAAUUGAUCCCCUGCACUAAAAAUUGUGUAGUAGGCUGUUUCUGUGAAGAAGGAUAUGUUCGUGAAUCAGUAGAUGGACCAUGUAUUCCAGAAUCAGACUGCACAUCUCAAUGUCAGGCAAAUGAGGUCUAUGAUCAGUGCGGAACUGCCUGUCCUGAAACAUGUGACGACAAGCCACUCUUCUGCACUGAACAAUGUGUGAUAGGAUGUUUCUGUGAAGAAGGCUUUGUACGUGAAGCAAUAGGUGGUCCAUGUAUCAGCAGAACGGAUUGCCCAACAGAUGCUGGGAAGGAAUGUGAUGGUGAAGGGGAGUUACCUGAAGGAUGUACUUGUGGGGAACCGACAUGUGCUGAAAAUAUAGGUCCCAGAGUUCGCUGUGCCAGCGAUUGUCCAACCAAAGUGUGUCUGUGUGACAAUGUUAAUGGUUACGUUAGAGGGCCAGAUGGUGGCUGUGUUCAUCUCAACGACUGCCCACAGGCAGCGCAGUGCACGGAAAAUGAAGUCUAUCAGAUCGCGGUUCCCAAUUCUGACCCGGUGUGUCCCUCUUUCACACCACUCUCUACUGUCUUUGGUGGACCAGAGGAUGUUGGAUGUUUUUGCACGGAGGGUUAUCUUCGCCACAACGGCAGGUGCAUUGAGCCAGGGGAAUGUCCAUCUUGUGCGGUGGCUAGUUGCUUUGCAGAUCCAUGCCUUUCUGCAACAUGUCCCGACUUUCCAGAUGCUCAGUGUGUGUCCAACUUCUGUAACAGUUGCAACGCUGUCUUCUAUGUCAACGAUAAUGAAGGGCUUCGUGAGGUCCAAUGUGGCGUGAGGUCCAAUGCGGCGUAAAACUCAACCAUUAAACAAGUACUGUGUGAAUACCAGGUGUAUAUUUCAUGCGAGUGGCACCUAUACCAGUACCAGAAGACACAUGUUAAGGUUAUCAUGAAUUCUGAAACUACCCAUAAAGUAGAGGGGACAAUAAAUGAUGUAAUCAUGUUAUUAUUGAUCUCGAUAUCUGUUCUAAUAAUAGGAGGAGACAGUAAAUGAUUUAAUGUUAUUAUUGAUUUAGAGAUCUGUUCUGAUGAUAAUUAUCAAAUUAUAUUAUGAAACAUUGUGGUGCAGCUGCUUGGAUAUGAUGUCACAAUUCACAAAGUUUUGGAUUUGAUCCUUACUAUGUUGUGUGUAUCAUCUGUAGGUUAGAUAACAAGUGCCCUAAAUUGGGCUUGCUAUUAAAUAUUCUAUUCAGAACUAUAAAAAUUUCUUUUAUAAUUGCUUUGAAAAUUGCAUAGAAUGUAAAUAAUGCACAUUCAUGGUGGCUCAAUUGUGACUACACAACAUUAUGAAUUCUAGUCUUACCAAUUUCAGAAUUAAUUCGCCAAGUUUGAAGGCAGAUGAACGUUCAAUCUGUACUUUUCAUGUUAAAUUCAUGUUAAGAAAAAUACUGGACCCUUCAGUUUCAUAUGUUAGAACAUAUCUAUAUACUCGUCUGUGUAAGGUCGGAUAUUAAAUGAUUUCAGUCACAGGU